GUGGUGGAUGGUAAUGGCAGGCGAUGGUUAGAAGAGGAGAUGGAGUAAAAGAGAAGGAUGAAGAAGAAAACUGAGAGUUUGAGCAAAGAGAAAAAAAUGAGAGAGAGUGAGAGAGUCUGUAUACAAAGGGGGGUAUUUUGGUCAAUUUAUGCCAUCCAUUCUAAUUAUAUUUUGAGAUUAUUUAAUCUAAAAAUUUGUGAUAUAUAUUUUCAUGAUUUUUCCCUUAAUAAACCAUCAUCUUCUCCUUGAGCCUAGCCAAACUAAGCCUUACUCUUUUUUUGGACUUCAACAAGAAAAACAUAGAAAGGCGUGAGAAUCCAAUUACCGUAACCACCACCUAUGGGUAGGUUGUCUCAUUUUAAAUGAAUUUUUUUAUUUCAUGAAGAAACAGUUGACGCUGCUGCUGCUGCUCAUCUCCGAUUCUCCGCUACAAGCAACUCUACUCUGUUUGAGGUAAUUCUACCGUAUACUCUCACGGAUCUGGUUAGAUGUGUUGUUUUAAUUCUAGUAAUGAAUCAGGGAAACACUUGCUCUCAAAUGGAAGCAAAAGCAGCAGCAAACAAGCUUAAAUCCAUCUCAAAUAUCAAGAUAAAAGAACCACUCAAUUGCUUGAAAAUUCUGGUUUAGACGGUGAUGAGGCUUUUUUGAAAUGGCAGAACUGAAGCAACUAAGCAAAGUGUUUCUGUCCCUGUUAUCUUCUUUUUAUGCUCUGCUUGUCCUCCUGAUUAUAUGCCAUCCGUCUCUUCUGAGAUAUCACAAUGAAUGUGCAUAUUUACAUGCACCUACAAUCCUACUGACUUAUCUUCUUUGAAUUCUGGCGAAUUUUCACAUCUGUGGCGAACUGGGUUUUCCUUAAAUUGGCUUUGCUGUAGCAGAUCCCUUCUUGGCAAAUGGAAAUAGGUAUGGCUGGAAGACCCCAUCAUCAUGAGUACAAAAGCUUUGCAGAAGAGCUCAGGCCACUGAUUCCGGAGGCUGAAAACAUUUAUAGUCCUAUAAUUGUAGCAAUGAAAGGCCAUCGCUGCACAGGCAGGAGACUAGUUGCCUUUUCCUUGGCAGUGACACUCAGAUGUUCGCUUCUCAAGGAAGAUGACAUUUCUGAAGAAGAGGCAAUAAACCAGCCAUCUAAUUACCAAAUGCUUCGCAACUUUGUCGCAAGGCAACUCCAGGUUGCGGGCUCUGUUGUUAUUGAUUCCGAACUCUCCGACCCAUCUCUGUUUAGCCAGCUAAAAACCCUGGCUAAAUCUACAAAAACCACAUUCUUUAUCAUCGAAUGCAGGCCGAGCAACGUGGUUGAGUUGUGGCAGGAUCUGGAUCGAGCAGUAGGAGAUAAAACCAUUGCAAAUUGGUGGGAUAAGCCGUCUUCUUUGGAACAUCUCCAGAGGCUGCUGAAAACCAACUCAGAUUACGACAUCGGCGAUGUCCCCAAGUUAGUAGUGGACGUCAUGCCGAGUGGAGAUUUUAAGAAAUGUGUCUCUGAUGUGCUACGCUCCAUGUCUUACCAUUGUUAUCCAACUUUGGACCCCAACUAUACUCAGCCACCAUAUUUGAGCCCCAAAGACUGCAAUUGGCAUGAAUUUGGGUUCAUACACGACGGCAAAGGCAACUGCACAGAGUGCCAUCAACAUAUGUCAGGACCUAUAUACCGGUGCGCAAAGUGCGGCCGGACAUUCCAUAGAUCACGUUCCAAGUUACCCGAACAAUUCAUAUUGGACUUUAACAUUUGGUUAUCCCUCGGACAUCCCAACGACCACAGUGAGGAAGAGGAGGUAGUUACGUGCAGUUGCUGUAAGCAGCCUAUCGAAGAAAUUAAUGCAAUAAGUGUAGACAGGCGCAUAAGACCUCGAGCCAGACUUUGUCCUCUUUUAAGCCGUGCUCAGGACCCAGGCUGA